AUGCAGAGUGUUAUCGUCCUCAAUUCCAUGCACCGGUAUCAGCCUCGGAUUCAUAUAGUUAAAUGGCGGGAGCAUUCCGGACCCAUAAACGAUCUGGAAGCCGAACAGUACAGAACCUUUAUAUUUCCCGAAACUGUGUUCACAGCCGUAACAGCGUAUCAAAAUCAGCUCAUCACAAAAUUAAAAAUUGAUUCUAAUCCUUUCGCGAAAGGAUUUAGGGACUCUUCGAGACUGACGGAUUUUGAUAGAGAGCCCAUGGAUAGUCUCUUUAUGGACCAGCACUUCUUGAGAUCCUCCCUUCGUCUUUAUUCAGGCGAUUCCAUGGACUCCGAAAACAAUAACGCAAGCUCAUUUUUCUCCGCGGCGAUGGUUGAAAAAGCUCGCGCGCAGCUGCAGAUGUGGGGUCGCGCAGGAUCUGCGUACAACUCCAGCGAGCUCCACGCGUUCCUGCUUAACAGCGCCCACAUGCCAAACCAACAAAUGUUCUUCGGACAACGACAGUCUAUACCUCUAGGAAUCCCAACUCAUCUUUGGAACCAGGGAGGAAGUACAUCUUGGCAAAGUCCUAUGCACGGUGGGCUACCAGCAGGUUUACUUGGACCCCCUUCCCAACAUAGACCUCAAAUAACUCCCCCACCUGCCUCCACUCCAAGUUCCUCGGGCUCUCCUUCACCUACUUCCAUUAGUACUUCCACUGAUCUGAAGCUACCCAAGGCUGUUUUUCCCACCGCUUUCCAUCAUCGGUUCAGUCCAUACUCUUCGUUAUCGAGGCCAAUGGCGCCUUCGGUAAGUCCCCCUUCUAGAUCUAGCAAUUGA